AUGGGCUCCAUUCGCGACCUCCUUAAUCCGCUCCCCGGGGUAACCUCGGGCCUUUUCGGGCCUAUCAUGUCCAGCAUACGGCCAGCAACGAGCAGUCCGACGUCUUCAGAGCGCCCGAGAAGAUCGAAGAUAGCCAAAGAUGGUGCUGUAUUUCGCCCUGGACCUGUCCAAGGGGAGCUUCGCUAUCCCCCAUGUGAGCAGCGCGAUCAGCUGCUGGAGGAGGAGCAUCGCAAAGCCGAUUUGAAGCCCUUCGGGAAUAUUGCCGAGUUCCCACGCCACAUCCCCUAUCAGAGUGACAAGAAGUCCUUUCACGAAAAGACUGGACGGGAUAGCUUCCAUGUGUUCCAAUACACUUUCCAGAGGAAGGGUGUGGAUGUGGAGCCGUGGACCAUAACGUGGGACUACAACAUUGGGCUUGUCCGCACGACUCACCUGUUCAAAUGCAUGGGCUAUUCCAAGACCACCCCCGGCAAGGUAUUGAAUUCCAAUACUGGUUUGCGCGAGAUCAGUCACAGCAUCACCGGGGGAGCGCUUGCAGCUCAAGGAUACUGGAUGCCCUUCGAGGCCGCCAAAGCCGUUGCCACCACGUUCUGCUGGGAGAUCCGCUACCUGUUGACGCCGCUGUUCGGAACCGACUUUCCGGGGAUGUGCAUCCCCCCAUCAGACCGAGGCCGCUUCGCUCGUAUGGUCAUAGACCCUGCUAUCUUGAAUAGAGCAGCGGAGACUGCACACUACUACCGUUCCCUCGAGCGCCUGGAACGUCCCCUGAGUCACGACAAUGUUUCCACGAGCUCUUGCCAUUCCCAGGAUCCGGGAAACAAAGGAGGAUAUCCGACGCAACAAGUUCCGCCACAUCCUCAAAUGCCCCCAAAGCUGCAGCGGCGCAGCUAUGCUGAUAGUAUCAGCAGUGCUCGAGGUUCGUCCUCAGAGCCCUACUGCGGCUCGCCUCAAAGUCCGACAUACAGAGGCUUCCUUCCUAUCAACAGGCCUCCCAGCUCGCAUCCAACCCCUCGUUCGCCAUAUGAUUUCCUCAAAGAAGCGACCGAGUUACGAAAGAGCGGACUGCUGGAAAAGAAUGAUGGGAGUGACUCGGAAACCGACUUAUCGUUGACGCCCUGUUCAGAUCUUCGCCAGACGUCGAUCUUUCCGCCACUCUAUGAGGGUGAGCGUGUUUCUGCGGAUACAGAAUCGGAGAUUAACGAGUCUGACAUAUCUUCCUCUGGGGAAGGUUCUAUGUCCGACAAUGUAGAUGACGAGGAAUACUGCGAGACCGGCUCCAAGAGUCUGCCUAGCAUUGAACUCACCCAUGGCAAGCCUAAACCCAAGAAGAAUUCCUCCCGCUCGGCCAAGGUCAAAAAUGGCGAGCGAACCCCAGCUUCCGGCCAUUUUGCCAAAGAGGUCAAAGCAGCCCAUGCCUUGCUCCAUUUACACAUGCAGAGGGCUUCAUUCAAGGAUGCUGAUGGCGACGAGACGAUGGGGGAGCCAAUUCUUGGCCCUCUAUUCGGAUGCCUUGUGCCGGAAGACCGCAAAAGACGCCGUGCCUCUCUGUGA